AUGUCGUGUUUGCAUCGACAUGUGAGGUGGAUUAUCAAGGACCACUUUAGUCGCCACACCCCCGUUUACAACACAGCCGUGCAGGGUUUCAAGUGGGGCGACCGUGGGCUGUAUGUUCACGAGUCCGGAUUUGAGGCCUUCCGGAGGACCGCCGAGCCGGAUGAGGAGAAGAAGGACUUGAAGGAGGAAGAGCAGGAGGUGUACGAUGAGGAGGACAUGGAGAAGGAUGAGGAUGUGGAGGAGGAGGAGGGGGAGGAGGAGGGGGAGGAGGAGGAGGAGGAGGAGGAGGAGGAGGAGGAGGAGGAGGAGGAGGAGGAGGAGGAGGAGGAUGAGGAGGAUGAGGAGGAGGAGGAGGAGGAGGAGGAGAAAUGGAAACGAUGGGGGCAUGAGCGGAGGAAGGUCAAAAGGCACAAGACCUGCAAAAGCAGGGGAGGCAAGAGGGCUGUGAAAGAGGAGGCGGAGGAGGAGGAGGAGGACGAUGAGAAACGGGGGGCGCAAGAGCUUAGGAGGGGCAGAAGGCAGAAAAGAGGGAAAAUCAGGCGGGGUAGGAGGGAAGAGGAAGAGGAGAAGGCGGUGGGGGAGCGGGAGGAUGAGAAACAGGGGGGCCAGGAGCGGAGGAAGGGCAGAAAGCACAAAAGAGACAGAGGCAAGGGAAGCUGGAGGGAGGAGGAAGAGGAGGUAGAGGAGGAAGAGGAUGAUGAGAGGCGGGGGGGGCAGGAACGGAAGAUGGGCAAAAGACACAAGAGUGGCGGGAGACGGGGAGGCAAGGGGGCAAAGUGA